UUAAUCAACAUGGCUGAGCGCUAUGAGUGCACAGAUUGUAAGAACUCCCUAUAUGGGCUGAAAUACAUCCUGAGGGAGGAAAGCCCAUAUUGCAUUAAGUGCUAUGAGGCGCUUUUCUCCCACAACUGUGAAGUGUGCCAGAAGCUCAUUGGCUGCACCAGCAAGGAUCUGUCGUACAAGGACCGCCACUGGCACAGCGAAUGCUUCCUCUGCAUCAAGUGCAGCCGAUCUCUGGUGGAACGGCCCUUUGCCACCAAGGACGACAUGCUGAUGUGCACCGACUGCUACAGCAACGAGUACUCUGCCAAGUGCCAUGCAUGCCUGAAGACCAUCAUGCCAGGCUCUAAAAAGAUGGAGCAUAGGGGCAACAGUUGGCAUGAGAAUUGUUUCACCUGCAACCGUUGCCAGCAGCCCAUCGGCACCAGGAGCUUUGUCCAGAAGGAUGCGAACAACUACUGCCUGCCCUGCUAUGAGAAGCAGUUUGCUCUGCAGUGCGUCCAGUGCAAGAAGCCAAUCACCACUGGAGGAGUGACCUACCGCGACCAGCCCUGGCAUAAGGAGUGCUUCGUUUGCAUCGGCUGCAAGCAGCAGUUGGCCGGCCAGCGGUUCACCUCUCGGGACGACUUCGCCUACUGCCUCGACUGCUUCUGCAACCUGUUUGCCAAGAAAUGUGCUUACUGCACCACCCCUAUCAGCGGUCUUGGGGGUAGCAAGUACAUCUCCUUUGAGCAGCGCCAGUGGCACAACAACUGCUUCAACUGCAAACGGUGCUGCGUGUCUCUGGUUGGCCGAGGUUUCCUGACGUGCAAAGACGACAUCCUCUGCCCCGACUGCGGCAAAGAAUUCUGA